AAAAAUCUCCAAAUCCCCGAGCCCCGAGAAACAUCCCGACCCGCUGAUUCGCGCGUUGUUCUCGCCGCCUUUGCCUCGAAAAUCCCCAGAAAAUUAUGUCAUAAGCUCUUUCCUGACAACAUCAUCGGACUCAUCCUCCAAAUAGCCAACAUGCGGGUCGCUCAACGUUUACUCAUGGCCACGCCGGCCUCGAUUGGCUCGAAGUCCAGCCUCAGCGAGGCUCUCGCGCUCCUCCCGCCGCUGCAGCUGUACCGGCGCAUCCUACGCGUCCAUCGCAAACUCGAGCCGGAGAUGCGCGUGCUGGGCGAUUCUUAUGUUAAGAACGAAUUCCGCGCACACAGGAAUGUGGAAAAUCCAUUGCAUAUUAUCGGAUUCUUGACCGAGUGGCAGCUUUAUGCGCAAAAGUUGGAAGGUGAUCAAUGGGCUGGGGAUAAGCUGGACAAAGCCAAGUUGGAUAAGAUGAGCGAUCAGCAACUCGGACAGUUGCUCGAGCUCAUGCAGGCUAUCAAGAAUGACGGAGAAGGGGAAGGAAAUGGUCAAUGA